CUCUCACUCCGCCUACACGUUCAAAGUCGACUCAGCGACGCUUCAUCAGCUCCAGAAAACAUCAACAGGAGGAGAACCGAGACACAACUCAAACAGCCAUGGCCAUGGACAAUAAGACUGUGCGGGAUGCCAUCCAGAUCCGCGGAACCGAUCCACAGUUUCUGAUUGAGAAGAUUCUCAGGACGCGCAUCUACGAGUCCACCUACUGGAAGGAGCAUUGCUUUGGUUUGACUGAAUCCACAAUUAUUGAAAAGGCUUAUGAGCUCACCUACAUUGGUGGCCAGUAUGGCGUUCAAAAGCCCACAGAGUUCAUCUGCCUCGUUCUCAAGUUGCUUCAGAUCCAGCCUCGCGAGGAAAUUGUCAUAAAAUAUAUUACAGGUCUGAACGAAUCCGAAAACAACAAGUACCUACGAGCUUUGGGAGCAUUCUAUUUGCGACUCGUCGGGAAACCAGUGGACGUUUACAACUAUCUGGAGCCCCUGUUGGAUGACAGCCGCAAACUAAGGAGGCGAGGCUACGGAGGAUACUCUAUCGUUCAUAUGGACGAAUUUAUUGACGAACUCUUACGGGAGGAGCGUGUGUGUGAUGUGGUCUUGCCUCGACUGGUUAAGCGCCAUGUGCUUGAGGAUGCUGGCGAGCUGGAUCCCAGGAUCAGUACGCUGGAAAAGUUGGAGAUGGAGCUGGAAGAGGAAAGAAAGCAGCAGGAGGAAGCGGAGCGUGGACGGUCUCGUUCUCGUUCUCGUUCUCGUUCUCGUUCUGUCUCUCGAUCCCGUUCCCAAUCACGAUCACGAUCCCCACGGUCUCGAUCUCAAUCACAUUCACGCUCUCGAUCUCGGUCUCGAUCUGGAUCUCGUCCUCGUAACCGCGCUCGCUUGGCGUCUAGAAGCAAGAGCAGGAGCAGGAGCAGGAGCAGAAGCAAAGGCAGGAAUAGAAGCAAGAGUAGAAGCGAGAGUGGGAGUAGGAGUAGAAGCCGAAGCCGAAGCAGGGAGCCCAAAUCGAGCCGUCGCCGAAGAGACGAUCUUAGCAGGAGUCGGAGCAGAAGUAGGAGUAGAAGCAGGGAUAAGGACAGGAGCCCUGAUAGAAAGAGGCGCGCAUAACUGAGCUGGAAUGUUGGCCGAUGCGAAACUGGAUCUGGAGUGAGGCGUAUGUCUUCUGCUUCGGCAAUUUAACACGCAAAAAUGUACCGCGGCGAUGAACUGAAUACAAACUGGUUCUGGAUAGAGGGCAGUGGCUUGAAAUACACGGCACUUUGACAACAGGAUAGCACGCAACGGGUGCAGAAUCCAAUUGCAUUAUAAUUUAUCAGCCCAGCUAGCACAGAUAAUAAAACUGUUGCAAGACACCUUCAUUGCUCUGGGAUAUGCUCAUACGCGGACAACACAGCAAACGAGGUCGGGCGGCUGCUCAUACGAAGCAACAACCAUUGAUAAGGAG